AUGGCUCACGAACUGUUGCCCUUUCUCGACAAGGAGGAACAAAAGGCCGAAGCAAAGAGUAAAGAGCCGAAAGACCUCGAGGCUUUCAUGAACGAGGAACGCAGUGCGAUCGCCAACAAUGUCGCGCCCGCGGACGAGGCUUACUCCCAAUUUCAUCAGAAAUCUCCACCGCUUACAACCCUCUGUCCUACGCACCUCAAACUUCAAGAUGCGGUUUCUCCGCUCCGGUUUGACGGUCAGCUCGUGAAACGACGAAAUAGAUUACCCGCCGACAUGGCUUUCGCUGAAGAUGACUACUUUUCACUAUUCCGACCCGAACCCCCAGCAGACGACAAGAGCCGUAUGAAAGAUGAGGCGAAAGGUCAACAGCACCGAUGGACAGUCGAGAAGGAAUUGCAAGGCACUAUGAAUAUGAGAAGUAUCGAAAAGGUCACUUGA